CAGUGGCCAGAGGGCCCGCCUCCCGGUCACGUGGGAGGCCCGUGGCGCGCGCUUUGCUCCUGCGGGAGAGGGCGGCUCUGUUUCCGGCCGGCCUGUAACGGGCGCCAUGGCUCCGGGCAAGAGGAAGCGGAAAGCCGAGGCCGCCCCGGCCGCCUCCGCGGAGAAGCGGGAGAAGCUGGCAAACGGCGGGCAGGGAGUGGAGGAGGUCGUCAUUGAGCAUUGCACGAGCUGACGCGUCUAUGGGCGCAACGCCGCGGCCCUGAGCCAGGCGCUGCGCCUGCAGGCGCCGGAGCUCCCGGUGACGGUGAACCCCUCCAAGCCUCGGAGGGGCAGCUUCGAGGUGACGCUGCUGCGCCCUGACGGCAGCCGCGCGGAGCUCUGGACUGGGAUUAAGAAGGGUCCCCCACGGAAACUCAAGUUCCCUGAGCCUCAGCAGGUGGUGGAAGAGCUGAAGAAGUACCUGUCUUAGGGAAGCUCCGGCAGAAUUCCUCGUGCUGAGCUUUCUGCCCCUGGGGAUCGUGGAGCAUUCAUGACGGGACAUGGCCAAACUUCAGUCAUGUGCCUGAAGCCACAGUUUCUUCCUCUCCAGAAAUGAUGGCUCAGUGUGAGGCAGCCCUCUAGUAAGGCAUUGCAGAAGUUCCUGCAUUUGGAUUGUUUAAUAAAGAUUAAAAUAAAGCAUCUAACAGUUUCAUUUGUCUGAUGUUA